GUCUCUGGUGUAAAACGUUCUUGCUUAGGAAAAAUUUUCUUUCUGCAGAUCCUUUAUUGAUCCGGAUAAGCGUCUGCACUUGGAUUUGGCAUGGAUCACCAUGCAGCCCUUCCAUCUAAUAAUUUCUCAGCAAUUGCGCGUCGUCUUCUUCUAAAGCGACAACUACCUCGUGAAGAUCCACCUCCGCAUAUCCUCUUCAAACCAUCCUCAGGUUACGAACCGAAGGUGGAACAGCCUACUUCGAUUAUUGCAACGGUUGCGGGAGACAAGAAAACAUUGGGUGAAGAGUACGCUGUUUUCAAUCCGAGAUUCGUGACUGGCAGUAAUACUGCUGGACAGAGUAACGGUAUAAGACUUGUGGAGGGUGAAGAUAUAAAACCGCCAGUUGAUGGGGACUUCAGCGCAAAUGGUUUUAAAUAUGAAGACGAUAUUCUGAUGCCGAACGGUUCCUCAAGUGGAAAACCAGAGUCUGAUCAGCGUUUCUGCAAUAUUAUCCGACAGAUUCCGGUGGAAAAGUUGGCAGCGAUAAAUUCGGAUGAAUCAUGCCGUCCAGCAUUAGGAAAGAGGUCCAGAAUUAUGAUUAGACGUGUGCGGCUGUUCUUCGAAGAGAUCAAGAAGAUUCUUGGCGAUUCGUGUGAGGGGACGAUCUUCAAUCAAACGGUGCAGCUGACAGCCUGGGCUUGCGGUGUUACUCCAGAGACAGUGACGAACGUCGGGUCGCGAGACACGAAUUUGUGUAUGAACUGCUACCCCGUGCAGACCCGAAAAUGAAGUGCUCAAAAGAAGAAACGCAGCAGAAAGUAUUGAUAAAGUAUGGUGCAAGAUGGGGAGAAAUUGUUAAGCAUUUUAUCGAGAACAAGUUGCCAAAAGACGGGAUGACCGCAAAUGUUCUUCAUGCUGAGCUGACUCGUGCAUAUGUCGAUUUUAGAAUAUCCAGGACAACAUUAUAUUAUUUCAUUAGAGCCCUAGGUUACAAAAUGAUAAGCGAUCGAGGGAGACAUAACAUCGUUCCCGAAAGCGAUAAAGCACUGUCAGUGGGGGAAGCUAGGAGACUAGCUAAGCAAAAAGCUAUGGAAAAUAAUGUUGCUUCUGAGAGUGAGGAACACGAUAGCGUUUCUGAAAGUGAAGAAUGACUAUUAUAUAUUGUAUUUCAUAUGUAUAAAGUUGAUUAUGCUCAUUACGAAUGUUCGCAUCUGAAGA